CUAUUCUUGCAUGCAAUUUUCUUUGCAAUUCUAAUCUUUUUCGAGCUUCCAAACAUAUUGUAACAAUGAACAUUGUUUUUACUGCCCGCAAAUCCAGUUCAGUCUUUCAAGCGAUUAAAGGCAAUUUCACGGGGCCAGCUGAUCUAAAUCUUAUUCUUGGUAAGGGGACUCGGAUCGAAGUCUAUCUUAUUGGGCGCGAUGGCCUUAAACUGGUCAAGGGAUUUGGCAUUUAUGGAGAAAUUGCCUGUCUUGAGCCCUUUCGGCCUCCGGGCCAUACUACAGACAUGUUGCUAGUGACGACAACACACUAUGAUAUGCUGACGCUAUCACUGCGGCUCACAUCUGCAGAUGGAUCAGCUGAUGCUUUAGCUAAUAGUGCUUCGCAGUUCAGCAUUAUUUCAGAUACGCUUACAGACCUUCGAGAUCGACAUAAUCGACCCUCGGAUGCAGGCCAGAUACUUAUUAUUGACCCCUCGUCAUUGGUCAUUUGCUGUCAUCUCUACCAAGGAUUGCUAAAAUGUAUCACUGUCAAUCCCAAUGCUCCAAUUCCUACGGGAUCAGGCGGACAAAGUAUGCCGCAGCCUGGUCGAUCUGCACCUUCGCAUAACUCAAGGUCUUCUAGAAUGGGAGAUAAGACGUUUGUAGAGCAGUUCAACCUCCCAAUCGAAGAAGUGACCAUCAUGUCUAUGGUAUUUUUACAUGGCUGUUUGCGGCCUACACUUGUAGUCCUUUACCAGGAUAAGAAAGAAAUCCGACACGUAAAAACAUAUGAGCUUGACAUAAAAUCCAAAGAGAAAUCAGAGACUGGCUGGAGCCAGAGUGGUCUGACUGGAGCACAUACUUGCAUUGCGGUGCCAUCGCCUAUUGGUGGUUUUCUUGUCGUGGGAGAAUACUCCAUCUCUUAUUUCAAUCCUGCGCAGCGCACUUCGCCUCGCUCUAUCACAAUUAAUCCUACUAUUAUGCAAUGCUACAACCGUGUGGAUGAUCAGGGGAACCGCUAUUUGUUAGGGGACAUUAAGGGGCAGCUUUAUAUCUUGGUGCUAGUUUUGGGCGACGUGCCAGGCCCCUCAACGUCCUCGUCUUCCGCACAACCAAUUCAGGCAUUUCAAGUCGAAGAUCUCAAACUUGAAGUACUCGGAACGACCUCGAUUCCCGAGGCAAUCGUAUACCUUGACAAUGAUCAUGCUUUCAUUGGAUCGCAUCUUGGGGAUUCGCAAUUGGUCCUUCUACAUACCGAAGCUGAUCAGAACGGUGAAUACCUAGAAGUGAUGGAGACAUUUACAAACAUUGCGCCAGUCUCUGACUUUGAGGUAGUAGAUUUAGAGGGUCAGGGGCAAGGCCAGAUUGUCGCAUGCUCUGGUGGAUUCAAGGAUGGCUCACUUAGGAUUGUACGAAAUGGAGUCGGGAUAAAUGACCGUGCUGUGCUAGAGCUCCCUGGCAUAAAAGGCCUUUGGUCACUGAAACAGACUCUUGAUUCGGCAACAGAGGAUACAUUGGUUAUGAGUUUCUUGAAUUCAACGCGUGUCGUUCGCGUGACAUCAGAUGCAGAAAUGGUUCAGGAAGAGAUAGAAGGGCUCUUGAACGACUCACAAACCUUGUUAAGUGGCAACGUCCAGGCCAACUUGAUCCUACAAGUGACGCCACGGUCAGUUCGCUUAAUUGCGCCUCCUCAACAUAUUCAAGCAGGGUUAAUCGCUGAGUGGAAGCCUCCGAGUGGUCAGCUCAUUUCUGUAGCAUCCAUGAAUCCAAUGCAAUGUGUGGUGGCUGUUGCCGGUCAGACACUUGUGUAUUUGGAUAUUGGCUCUGAAGAGAUUCGUGAAGUUGGGCGCACCACAUUCGAAAACGAGAUUGCUUGUAUUGAUAUUACUCCAAUCGAUGUUGGUAAAAACAACGCAUCGCAAGUAUGUGCUGUCGGGCUGUGGACGAAUGUCCAGGUUCUCUUGGUUCGUCUGCCUACAAUGGAGACCCUUGCCAGCCAUAGCCUACAGGGCGAUAUCUUACCCCGAUCCCUAUUAUUAUCUAGAUUUGAAGGUGUUCCAUAUCUGUUGGUAGGUCUCGGCGAUGGUCAACUGCUGACGUUCAUGCUCGAUGCGACGUUGGCGACAUUCCCCACUCCAAAGCGCAUUUCGCUUGGAACACAGCCCAUCAUGCUCCGCCAGAUCUCAUCAAGCAAUGAAGGAGGACCUGGCGAAUCUGAAACUAAAACCAAUCAUGUUUUUGCCUGUAGCGACCGUCCUACUGUGAUUUACAGCUCAAAUCGCAAGCUUCUGCUCUCGAAUGUGAAUCUAAAGCAAGUAGCCACAGUUGCGUCAUUCAAUUGUGAAGCUUUCCCUAAUGCCUUGGCAAUCGUUGGCUCGGAUGAGGAAGGUGUUCUCAGGAUCGGAAGUAUCGAUGAAUUCCAGGAACUCCAUGUACAAACAUUCCCAAUCCACGAGAGUCCUCGUAGAAUCGCCCAUCUGGCAUCAAAAAAAUGCUUCGGUGUGCUGACCAUUAAAGUUGUGAGCGAGGAGCCGGAAGCAAUGGGUAGCACCAAGAUGGUGAGCUGUGAUGAGGUAGAAGUUGGGUUUGUGCGGCUUUAUGAUGACCAAACUUUUGAACUCCUCCAUACCUAUGAACUUCAGAAGGAAGAGGCGCCACAAUGUAUUUCAGCUGUGACAUUUGCAGGCGAUACAGCCAGCUAUAUUGCAGUUGGAACUGCAGACUCUGUAUCCGAAGGUAUUCCUACUAAGGGUCGUAUCUUGAUCUUGGAAGUCACUGAAUCUAAUCAGCUGAAAUUGAUUACAGAGCUGGAAGUCAAGGGUGGCGUUAUGUCGAUCAAAGGGUUCCAGGGCAAGCUGCUUUGCGGUGUAAACGAGCAGCUUCGUCUUUAUUCUUGGACACCCUCUGAUAAACUGACUUCGACAGCAGAAUCCAACUUGGCAUUGGAAUGUUCUCGUCGCGGGUUCAUUUUGAUUCUCUCUCUGGCGAUUCAUGGUGAAUUCAUUGUGGCUAUGGAUUUGAUCCGGAGUAUGACGCUCCUUCGAUACACGGAAAAAAAGAUUGAAGAGAUUGCAAGAGAUGCCUGUAUGGAUAUGUUGACAUCCUUGGAGGCCAUUGACGACGAGACUUUCAUCGCGGCUGAUAAUGCCUCGAGUAUAUUUACACUGGUCAAGAACACAGAAACGACGAGUGAAGAUGAAGCUAAGCGGCUACAGUGGUCAGGAGGAUGGCACUUAGGCGACCAAAUCAAUAGGUUCAAACACGGAUCAUUGGUCAUGACUAGCCAGGAGGGUGAUGCACCAGCAGUUCCUAAGCUUUUAUUUGCGACUGUUAGUGGUGCGAUCGGUGUUGUGGCAUCACUUACACCAGAGAAGUAUGAACUACUUCAUCAAUUGGAGAUCAAUAUGGCUAGAGUUAUUAAAGGCGUUGGCGGUCUCGAUCAUGCUGCCUGGAGGCAAUUUCGAAGCGAUACGAGGACUUUACCAUCUACAAACUUCGUAGAUGGCGACUUGAUCGAAUUAUUUCUAGAUUUGAGUCAAGAUGAGAUCAAUGACGUCCUUACAGGAACAGAGGCGAGUGGACCAGUUAAUGCCUCUGUGGAAGAGGUCACCAAGCUUGUCGAAGAGCUCUCGCGCCUUCAUUAAUCAGUAGCAGCCUCAUCAGUAUAGAAAGUUUGUCCCAUUGUCAACUAUUGAUGAAUAUAAUAUACAAGAACGAAUGAAGCAAUAAAAUGGAC